CUCGGUGAGUCGGUAUAUCCUAGCAACGUGCACGACUUGUUCAGCUCAGCUUCUCUGUCUCCUCUUUUGCAGUAGCACUGAAGAAGAAGAAGAUGCAGAGGAUCUUCCAAAGCACACUAUCUCAAAGAAAUAUCUGGCUGCGGCGGCCUCGUUGCCUCUCCCGGCUAGCCCAUAACCAUACCCAAAACACACUCGAAGAAGAAGAUGAUUUUCUCGUGCCCAAAAUACCCCAUUUCGACUACAUUCCUCCCCCAUACACGGGCCCAUCUGCGUCUGAGAUCUUGGAGAAGCGCAAGGAGCACCUCAUCCCUUCUAUAUUGCACUUAUACAAGAACCCGUUGAAUUUGGUAGAUGGGAAAAUGCAGUAUUUGUAUGACGAAAAUGGCCGUAGAUAUCUUGAUGCCUUCGGUGGGAUAGCCACUGUCUGUUGCGGGCACUGUCACCCGGAUGUGGUGGAAGCAAUUGUCAACCAGACAAGGCGCUUGCAGCACUCUACAGUUCUGUAUGUGCAUCAUGCCAUUGCAGACUUUGCGGAGGCUCUGGCGGCUAAGCUGCCCGGAGAUCUCAAGGUUGUUUUCUUCACAAAUUCUGGGACCGAAGCGAAUGAACUGGCUAUAAUGAUGGCACGGUUAUAUACGGGCUUCCAUGAUAUCAUUUCGCUCAGAAAUGGGUAUCAUGGGAAUGCGGCUGGGACAAUGGGGGCCACUGCUCAUUCUAAUUUCAAGUUUAAUGUUGUUCAGACUGGAGUUCAUCACGCCCUGAAUCCUGAUCAGUAUCGAGGUGUCUUUGGUUCAGAUGGAGUGAAGUAUGCUAGAGAUGUUCAAGAAAUCAUUGACUAUGGAACUUGUGGUCGCGUGGCUGGCUUUAUUGCCGAAGCCAUACAGGGAGUAGGUGGAAUUAUGGAGUUGGCUCCAGGUUAUCUGCCAGCCGUCUAUAAUUGCAUCAGAAAAGCAGGGGCCCUUUGUAUAGCUGAUGAGGUUCAGUCAGGGUUUGCCCGUACAGGCAGUCAUUUCUGGGGUUUCGAAGCACAUGAUGUUGUGCCUGAUAUUGUGACCAUGGCAAAGGGAAUUGGAAAUGGCAUUCCCAUUGGUGCAGUGGUGACAACUCCUGAGAUUGCAAAGGUCUUGACGACUCGCACUUAUUUCAACACCUUUGGGGGAAACCCUGCCUGUACUGCUGGUGCUCUAGCUGUUCUGAAAGUAAUUGAGAAGGAAAAACUCCAGGAGAAUGCAUUUGUUGUGGGGUCAUAUCUUAAAGAGUAUCUUAUUUCCCUUAAGGAAAAGCAUGAAAUUAUUGGGGAUGUGAGGGGAAGAGGUUUGAUGCUUGGAGUUGAACUUGUAACCGAUCGCCAGUUAAAAACUCCAGCUAAGGCUGAAAUCUUGCAUAUUAUGGAUCAAAUGAGAGAAUUGGGAGUGCUACUAGGAAAGGGUGGCUUUCAUGGAAAUGUUUUUAGGAUUACACCCCCUCUCUGCUUCACCAAGGAAGAUGCUGAUUUUCUCGUGGGUGCAAUGGACUACACUAUUUCAAAGAUGUGAGGCCAACAACAAUCAGGCGACUAGGGCGAUUAUGCAUUGGUUCUAAUUCUCGGUUGACCAUAAGUGUAAUGGUUUGUUUUUAGUAUAUCUACGGCUUCUGGAAAUAAGUUGUUCAUACAUUUACUGGUUUCAAUGAAAUAAAGGUUAGUGUUGCUGGAA